UUAUAACUGGGAGGCUUUAGUUUCGUCAGUUUCAGAGGAGAAGAAGAAAAGAAAGAUCUUUAGAAGAAAUUGACAGUAAGCAAAAUGAAGAACAAGGCAGAGCUAGUAGUUGUUUCUAUGCCUGGAGUUGGUCACGUAGUGUCCACCAUCGAAUUCGCAAAGAAUCUAAUCGAGCGGAACGAUCAGUUACAUAUCAGCAUCAUUGUUAUGAAGUUCCCUACCACUCCCUUUGUAGAUCAAUACGCCAAAUCUCUCACUGCUUCCCAACCCAAUCUCCAGCUUAUUCACCUUCCUGAUCAAGUUGAGGGUCUUCCCACUUUACAAGUUUUUGCUAAAUCAGUACAAAGCUAUUACUCUGCUGUUAUUGCUUGCUACAAACCCCAUGUCAGGAAAAUUGUCUCGGAUAUGAUAUCCUCCCGGUCUUCCCCAGAUUCGGUUCCUGUUGUUGGGUUGGUUCUUGAUCUCUUUUGUGUGUCUCUGAUUGAUGUUGGGAAUGAGUUUGAUCUCCCUUCUUAUAUUUUCUUCACUACUGGUACUCCCUUCUUGAGUCUCAUGCUGCAUCUUCCCCCUCGCCAUGAACAGGUUGGCACCGAGUUUAGCUUCUCUGACCCUGACGUGUCACUUCCAGGAAUUGCCAAUCCUGUUCCUAUAAAAUGCUUGCCUGAUGCAGUAUUCAAUAAGGAUGGUGGUUAUGAUACUUAUCUUAAUGUUGGUCGGAGGCUGAAGGACGUCAAAGGGAUAUUAGUCAACACAGUUUCUGAGCUCGAGUCUCAGGCGCUCCAGUAUUUAAACAGUGCCCAGAUCACUAGCAUUUACACUGUUGGACCUGUCCUGCAUCUCAAGAGUCAACCUCAUCCAGACAUGGAACAGGGUAGAUGGGGUAAGAUCAAGACAUGGCUUGACGAGCAGCCUGAAUCUUCCGUGGUAUUCCUAUGUUUCGGAAGUUCAGGGUCCUUGAGCGUGUCCCAGGUGAAAGAAAUGGCUCUUGGCCUCGAGCAGAGUGGGCAUAGAUUCUUGUGGUCCUUACGUCUUCCCCCAGUCAAACUUCAAGAGACCAUGUACAAGAGUGCGGAGGAGAUGUUGCCAGAAGGAUUCUUAGAGAGGGUACGAGGGAGGGGGAUGGUGUGUGGCUGGGCACCCCAGGUGGAGGUGCUGGCCCACAAGGCCACAGGAGGAUUCGUAUCUCAUUGUGGAUGGAACUCCAUCUUGGAGAGUUUGUGGUAUGGGGUGCCCAUUGUGGCAUUGCCUAUAUAUGCUGAGCAGCAGAUUAACGCAUUUGCUAUGGUGAAGGAGCUGGGGCUGGCUGUGGAGCUCAAAAUGGAUUACAGGCAAAGUGAUGUUAUUCCGGCAGAGGAGGUGAAAACAACUCUGACACGUUUAAUGGACAACGAAGAAGAGCUGAAAAGGAAGGUGAAAAACAUGUCAGAAAUUUCCAGGAAAGCUCUCAAAGAAGGGGGAUCCUCUUCCAUUUCAAUCUCCCGAUUCAUGAAGGACUUAUUAGGCAGCAGCUACUUCGACUGAAUUAUUUACUAAUCAACUUGUUACUGCUGAAUAAUUAAAGUGAGAUCAAAUAGCAGAACCAUCCUUUGCUGCUGCUGCUGCUCUGCUGGUAAGAUCAUAUAAUAAAACACUGUUGUUUGUAAUGUGUUAUAAAUACUGUGGUUGAGAUUUCCUGCAAUUUUUUCUUAAAUUGCCUCAGCUAGGGUUUGAAUUCGAAACUAGCUAUUCUUUGUUAUCAAUUAUUGAUUAAUGCUUCUUAAUAC